GAAUUCUUAGUUAACUUUCAGUAUUUGGCAUUUGAGUUGUGCUCUUAACAUUUAAACGGAUAACAUUUCGAACCAACAUAUUUAUAUUGCUUUGUGAAUACAAUAAUAUUGUAACCUAAAUACACUAUAAUGCGGCGGCUGACUUUUAUUGAUUUAUUGUGGGCUUUUGUCAUUAUUUCCGUGGCUGUGGCAGUUGCUUUGCCGGAUGCGGAACAAGCGAUCUCCUCGUAUGUUGCUGUAGGAGAGAGUCCAGAGAUAUCAGCGCAGACCGUGGAAUCAGAAGACGGAACUUCAAAUACAGCAGAUGCGUUGCUAAAUGUCGACGCUGGGACCGAACAUGAGAAUGAGAGUGGACGAGAGGCGCGUCAAUUUCGCACAUUUGGCUUUGGGCGACCUUAUGGAUUUGGGCGUCCGUACUAUGGUGGAUAUGGCGGCUAUGGUGGCUUUGGAGGCUUUGGUGGCUUUGGCGGUUUCGGAGGUUACGGUCGUCCAUACUACGGUGGUAGAUUCGGACGUCCGUAUGGCUACUAUCCCAGACCGUAUUAUCCACGACCCUACUACGGCGGACCAUGUUGCUUCUACGGUUGAGUUUGCAACGAAAUGAGUGUUAUGUUGGUGUAUGUAAGUGUUUUGAAGUGGAAUUUUCUGUUAUGAUAGUAGAAGUUAAAGAAGAAGAAGAAGAUGGAGAAAAAACAAAUAAAUUCUGUAUGUGAUAUUAAAUGAGAAAAUUUGUCGUAUUUAUGCUUAAGCAAGUAAUUUGAUAGGCAACAACACAAAACAAAAAGAAAGUAGAAGAAAGAAGCUGUUCAUUGUACUUAGCAAUGGCAUGACGUGAAAAGUUAAUGAGCCCGGUUAAUGCGGCAAAGUGAAUCUGUCAGAACCUUUCGGCUAAAUUUCCGUGACUUUUCGCUUCUUUUUGACUGAUUCAUAUGCGUGGCAGGAUUUAAUUACGUGCGGCAAAUAAACAGCAAGAAACAUUAAACAACGAGCCAACAGAUAACGGCAACUGGCUGAUGUGUUGUGAUGGGGCGCGCGGUGCUACCACAACAUAGGAGAUGAGUUGACCGCAAAGAAGAUGAGAUGACUAAUUUUCUGACUGACAAGACCCGCAGCACAACUCGUGUCCCCUUACUGCUCUGCCCAUCUAAUGUCAGCCAUCAAAGUAAAGCAGAAUAAAUGAGCGGGUUUGUGCGCGGGUG